AUGUCCUCCCAUCACGGCGCUGGCGGCCCACCGCAUCAGCAGUCACCCGUCAACCCUUUCGCUGGCGCUGCCUUCCACGAAGACCAGAGCAGCGAAGCCAGCUACUUGCCCAACGAACGCAGAGAUACAUAUGCUUCCGAACGAUCCGAUGGCGAGCUCAUCCCCGGUCACGGCUACGAUGCCGACUCUUACGAGGGCGGUGCUUACAAGGACAGCUAUGCCUACUCGGCCGAGUCUGCCCAACGAGGCUACCCAUCUGGCCCAGCCAGCCAGUUCGGUCAGGCCUCCUAUGCUCCCUCAGGCAUUUCCAGCCCUUACCCAGAUCCUGGUGCAGGCGGUGCAUACCGUCAGCGUGAACCUUACCCAGCAUGGACCGCCGAGCACAACAUCCCUCUCUCCAAAGAAGAGAUCGAGGACAUCUUUAUCGACUUGGCCAACAAGUUCGGUUUCCAACGCGACAACAUGCGCAACAUGUAUGACCACCUCAUGAUCAUGCUCGACUCGCGUUCCAGUCGCAUGACCCCACAGCAGGCUCUUAUGACCAUCCACGCAGACUACAUUGGCGGCGAGCACGCCAAUUACCGCAAGUGGUACUUUGCAGCCCAGCUUGACCUCGACGAUGCCAUCGGCAAGGUGCAAAACCCCGGCCUUGCCCGCGCAGCCAGCAUGGCCAAUCGCGGUCGCAACGCCGGCAGCGCAGCCGCAAAACUCCAGACUGCCAGUGCCAAGUCUUUGCAGACAGCAUCCGCACGAUGGAGAGAUGCCAUGCUCAAGAUGAGUGACUACGACCGAACCCGACAGCUUGCACUUUACCUCCUCUGUUGGGGUGAGGGUGGACAGGUCCGUUUCGUUCCCGAAUGUCUCUGCUUCAUCUUCAAGUGUGCCGACGACUACUACCGCUCGCCCGAGUGCCAGAACCGCAUGGAACCCGUCCCCGAAGGUCUUUACCUCCGUGCUGUUGUCAAGCCUCUCUACCGCUUCUUGCGUGACCAGGUCUUCGAGGUCUUGGACGGCAAGUUUGUCAAGAAGGAGAAGGACCAUGACAAGAUUAUCGGAUACGACGACGUCAACCAACUCUUCUGGUACCCCGAGGGCAUUGGUAGGAUCAUCCUCAAUGACAAGACCCGUCUUGUCGAUGUUCCUCCAAGCCAGCGUUUCAUGAAGUUUGACAAGAUCGACUGGCCCCGCGUCUUCUUCAAGACCUACAAGGAGAAGCGUUCCUUCUUCCACCUUCUCGUCAACUUCAACCGUAUCUGGAUUUUGCACAUUUCCGUCUUCUUCUACUACACUGCCUACAAUGCUCCCAAGGUCUACGCUCGUUCGCGAAACCCAACCACCGCCGAGUCGCUUUCCGCCGCCGGUCUCGGCGGUGCCGUUUCCUCUCUCAUCAUGAUUGCUGCCACCAUGGCCGAGUUCUCGUAUAUUCCUACCACCUGGAACAACACGAGCCACUUGAUGCGCCGCAUGAUCUUCUUGGCCAUCUGUCUUGCUGUCACCGUUGCCCCUGCUGUCUACGUCUUUGGCUUCAACAACAGCGGCAACAUUGCCAAUAUCAUUGCUAUCGUUCACUUGGCUCUUGCUGGAUGCAUCACUGCGCUCUUCUCCAUUUUGCCCUCUGGCCGAAUGUUUGGCGACCGUGUUGCAGGCAAAGCGCGAAAGUACCUGGCCAAUCAGACCUUCACCGCUUCGUACGCUCCUUUGGUCAAGAGCCAUCGUGCCGUCUCGAUCUUGCUCUGGGUUCUCGUCUUUGGAUGCAAGCUUACCGAGUCGUACUUCUUCUUGACCCUCUCGUUCCGUGAUCCUCUUGCCGUCAUGAUCACCAUGAAGGUGCAGGGAUGCAGCGACAAAUACUUUGGUACCGCCCUCUGUGCCAACCAGCCUGCGUUCGCGUUGGCCUUUAUGACCAUCAUGGAUCUCUCGCUCUUCUUCCUCGACACUUUCCUCUGGUACGUCAUCUGGAACACGGUCUUCUCCAUCGGCUGGUCCUUCCACAUGGGUCUCUCCAUCUGGACGCCCUGGUCCGAUAUCUUCCAGCGAUUGCCUAAGCGUAUCUAUGCCAAGCUCCUCGCCACCGCCGACAUGGAGAUCAAGUACAAGCCCAAGGUCCUCGUCUCGCAGGUGUGGAACGCCAUCAUCAUCUCGAUGUACCGUGAGCACUUGCUCUCCAUCGACCACGUUCAAAAGCUCCUCUACCACCAGGUGCCUGCCGGAGAGAACGGCAAGCGAACUCUUCGUGCCCCGACCUUCUUCAUCAGCCAGUCCGACAAGGGUAUCAAGCCCGAGUUCUUCCCCAAGGGUUCCGAGGCCGAGCGUCGUAUCAGUUUCUUUGCUCAAUCGCUCACCACUGCCCUUCCCGAGCCUCUCCCCAUCGACGCCAUGCCUACCUUUACUGUCCUCGUGCCCCACUACUCGGAGAAGAUCCUGCUUUCGCUUCGUGAGAUUAUUCGCGAGGAGGACCAGAACACGCGUGUAACUCUGCUUGAGUAUCUCAAGCAGCUUCACCCCGUCGAAUGGGACAACUUUGUCAAGGACACCAAGAUCCUCGCAGAGGAGUCGCACGGUUUCGGUGGCAAUUCGCCUUUCGGUGGUGACAGCGACGAGAAGUCCGGAACCAAGAACUCGGCCAAGGCUGAUGACUUGCCCUUCUACUGCAUUGGUUUCAAGUCGGCUGCUCCCGAAUACACCUUGCGAACCCGUAUCUGGUCUUCGCUCCGUGCUCAGACUCUCUACCGUACCGUCUCUGGAUUCAUGAACUACUCCAAGGCCAUCAAGCUCCUUUAUCGUGUCGAGAACCCCGAGGUUGUUCAGCUCUUUGGCGGCAACACCGAGAAGCUCGAGCGGGAGUUGGAGCGCAUGUCACGCCGCAAGUUCAAGUUUGUCAUCUCGAUGCAGCGUUACUCCAAGUUCAACAAGGAGGAACAGGAAAAUGCCGAGUUCUUGCUCCGUGCUUACCCCGACUUGCAGAUCGCCUACCUCGAUGAGGAGGCGCCGCGCAAGGAAGGUGGAGAGUCGCGCUGGUUCUCCUCUCUCGUUGAUGGUCACUCGGAGAUCUUGCCCAACGGAAAGCGUCGUCCCAAGUUCCGCGUCGAGUUGCCCGGUAACCCAAUUCUCGGUGACGGCAAGUCGGACAACCAGAACCACGCCAUCAUCUUCAACCGCGGCGAAUACGUUCAGCUCAUCGAUGCCAACCAGGACAACUACCUCGAAGAGUGUCUCAAGGUCCGCAGCGUUCUUGGCGAGUUCGAGUCUUUCAACGUCUCCAAUCAGAACCCAUACGGAUCCGGUCAUCAGGAAUUUGCCAAGGCUCCCGUUGCCAUUCUCGGUGCCCGAGAGUACAUUUUCUCCGAGAACAUCGGUAUCCUUGGUGACGUCGCUGCCGGUAAGGAACAGACGUUCGGUACCAUGGCUGGUCGAGGUCUUGCUCAGAUCGGUGGUAAGCUCCACUACGGUCACCCGGAUUUCCUCAACACCAUUUUCAUGACUACACGCGGUGGUGUCUCCAAGGCACAGAAGGGUCUCCACUUGAACGAGGAUAUCUAUGCCGGUAUGACUGCCUUCGGACGAGGCGGACGCAUCAAGCACGUCGAGUACUACCAGUGUGGUAAGGGUCGUGAUCUCGGUUUCGGUACGAUUCUCAACUUUACUACCAAGCUCGGUAACGGAAUGGGUGAGCAGAUGCUUUCCCGAGAGUACUACUAUUUGGGCACUCAGCUCCCCGUCGACCGCUUCCUCACCUUCUACUACGGUCACCCUGGUUUCCACAUCAACAACAUUCUCGUCAUUCUUUCGGUGCAGCUCUUCAUGUUCACCAUGGUCUUCAUUGGUACGCUCAACUCGCAGCUGCGUGUUUGCGCUACUACCAACAGCGAGUACAUUGUCGGUACUGGUGGCUGCUACUACUUGAACCCCGUCUUCCUUUGGAUCAAGCGUACCAUUAUCUCGAUCUUCUUGGUCUUCAUGAUUGCCUUUUUGCCACUCUUCUUGCAAGAGCUCUCGGAGCGAGGUGCCGUCUCGGCCUUCAUCCGAUUGGCUAAGCACUUCAUGUCUCUCAGUCCCAUUUUCGAGGUCUUCUCGACUAUGAUCUACUCGCACUCGAUCAUCAGCAACUUGACCUUUGGUGGUGCUCGUUACAUUGCCACCGGUCGUGGUUUCGCUACCACCCGACAGAGUUUCGCCUUGCUGUACAGUCGAUUCGCCGGUCCUUCGAUCUACUCGGGUAUGCGUCUCUUGCUCUUGCUGCUCUACAUCACCUUGACGCUCUGGAUCCCUCACUUGAUCUACUUCUGGAUCUCAAUCUUGGCGCUCUGCAUCGCUCCCUUCUUGUUCAACCCUCACCAGUUCUCUGCUUCAGACUUUAUCAUCGACUAUCGUGAGUUCCUCCGCUGGAUGUCGCGUGGUAACAGCCGCAGUCACGCCAACUCGUGGAUCGGUUACUGCCGUCUCAGCCGAACCAAGGUCACUGGUUACAAGAAGAAGCGUCUCGGACACCCAAGCGAGAAGCUCGCUGGUGACGUCCCCCGUGCCGGUUGGAGGACCAUCUUGUUCGCCGAGGUCAUCUUCCCCAUCUGCCUUGCCGUCAUCUUUGUCGUCGCCUACGCCUUUGUCAAGAGUUUCCACCAGACUGGAGACCCUCCCCAGGGCGCCAUUGUUCGUAUCGCCAUCAUCGCUCUUGGUCCUAUCGUGUGGAAUGCCGCUAUCUUGCUGGUGCUCUUCUUGAUCAGCAUGUUCCUCGGCCCCGCGCUUAACAACUGCUGUGCCAAGUUCGGUUCGAUCAUGGCCUCAAUUGCUCACGUGCUCGCCGUUAUCGGUGUCAUCGUCGCUUUCGAAUUUUUGUGGUUCUUGGAGCUCUGGAACGCCUCGCACGCCGUUCUCGGCGUCAUUGCCGUCAUUGCUAUCCAGCGAGCCAUCUUCAAGAUCCUCAUCGCGCUUGUUCUUUCGCGAGAACUCAAACACGACGAGACCAACCGCGCCUGGUGGACUGGUCGAUGGUACGGCCGUGGUCUUGGUGGCCACGCCUUCAGCCAGCCUGCACGAGAAUUUGUUGUCAAGAUCAUCGAGAUGUCGCUCUUCUCUGCCGAUUUCCUCACUGCGCACGUCUUGCUGUUCGGCCUGUCGUUGCCAUGCUUGAUCCCCUACUUUGACAAGCUGCACUCGACAGCGCUGUUCUGGCUGCGACCAUCGAAGCAGAUUCACGCCCCCAUCUUCUCGCUUCGUCAGCGCAAGCAGCGAAGGUCGAUCGUAUGGAGGUACUUGGUCCUCUUCGUCUUUGCCUACGCAAUCUUCUUGGCAUUGAUCAUCUUGCCAGCGGUCUUCUCUUCGACCAUCCAGCUGAACUGCACGUUCUGCAAGUCGCUGUAA